CCGGCCGCCCUGGGGGUCUCUGGGGGAAAUACCGCACUUGCAAUAGCUUGGUUUCACGUGACGUCACAGUGCUGCUGCGCGAUACCGCGAAAUUCAGAUGGAGGGCAGGAAGUGAAUUAGCUGAGGAUCGGCCGUCUGAAAUAAUGCCUAUGUUUUGUGUAGUUUACGGCUGCUCCAAUCGUUCGAACCGAGAAAAGGAAAAGAGCUUUUACAGAGUACCAAAGAUUGUUGUCCAUAAAGGUGAAAACUGUAAAAAGCUCACAGAACAACGCUGUAAAAAAUGGAUAUUAAACUUACGUCUGCGGUCUGGAGGAGCAGAGUCUGCCAACGCCCGUGUCUGCAGUGACCACUUCGUCGGAGGCUGUCCUAGCGCUUUGGGUGACGUUGAGUCGGUAGACUGGGCUCCGACGGUAAACCUCGGUUACCAAAAAACUAAGCCCAAAUCGGAAGCCUCUCUUCAACGAGAGAAGAGGAUGAAGCUCAAAGAAGAUCAACAAAGCCGGUCGGAAUGUGCAGAGGCAAUGUUGGAUCUCCAAAAGACAGCUGAGAGCCUGGGUAUGAGCUCCGAUCUAACGCAGACAGGCGACUGCUCUGAACCGAAGCAGCCAGCUGACAACCCACAAUCAGAAGGCAGCAGUGGGGACAAUGGGACAUUAAAUGAUCUAGCCUAUGCAGAUGCCGGAUGCCAGACUGAGCUAACCAUGGAUGACAUUGAGAAGAUGGAGGAUGUUCUGGGACAGAUCACAACAGAGCUGGGAGAUCUUCGAACCAAAGCACUGGACACACAGUUCAACCAGGAGUCCUUUGAAAAAAAUGAAGACAAGACAAAGUUCUACACAGGCCUCCCCAACUUCUUAAUUUUAAUGCAGAUUUUUGAGCUGUGUGAACCCUACAUUCCCUCUGGUCCUAUGUCUGUGCUGUCAAAAUUUGAACAGUUAAUUUUAGUUUUACUGAGUCUGAGACUAAAUCUCCAACUGAAAGAUUUAGCUUUCAGGUUUAAGAUAUCUCUGCCCACCCUGUUGCACCCCAAGGCUAUGUCACUUACAUAUCUUGUGCCUGGGGAGGGAGAGUCAGUGAUAAACAGAUCACAAUAG